CCAUAUUGGCAGUUUGGUGCUGUGCUAGGGUAUAGUGCUAGGUCUGUCACAUAUCGUUCUGUGUAAUGUUUAAAGAAAAACACGAAGAAAAAUCGUAAUCUGAAUCAAUUGUUAAUUGUAUCGUUAUGAUCAAUCUCAGGUUGUUGUUGAACAGUGAUUUUGAAUAUCCCGGGUAAUAGUUUCACAGAACUUCGGGUAUUUACGAUUGUCAUAGCCUUCUAUUGGUAGUGCAGUGAUCACUCCGAUGUAGAUUUUCUCUGAAUAUCCAUGUGCUUUGGCGGGAAUUUGAAUGCUAGUUUUAUUAUAAGGUUUCACCUUUUGAAAUGGCAGCAAUAGCUGAUAUGGGUGAGGUUGAAAACAUCCACUCUAAAGAAGAAGGAGCUGCAGUGAAUGGAGAUACUAGUGAUACAGAAAUGAAUAGUGUCGAAGAUGAUAGUACAGUAAAGGAGGUUAAUACUGAUUCAAGUGAAAAAAUGGAAGUUGAAGAAUCUGAACAUUUGAUAGAUGAAUCUAAAUCAUCUGAGGAAGUUAAUGUUUCUAGUGAAAUGAAUGAGGAAUCAAAUCUAAACAAUUGUGAUUUAAAUGCUGAUUCUAGUAUGGAAGUUGUAGAAGGAUCAAAUAACACUGAUGAAACUACAGAAGAUGAUCAAUCUAGUUCUAAUGUAGAUGAUACAAGUGCAGAUGAUAAGUUAUGUGAUGUGAAUGUAGAUAAUAACUGUGAAGAUUCUAAAAUUGAUGAUGAAGAUGAUAAUGAGGAUGAAGAUAAAACGGAAGAUACCCAAAGUCAAGGAAGUGAAGAAGAAAGGAUUGAAUCAAGGCAAAGCAACUCAAGUCCCAGGGAUAGUUGUGAUGAUCAAGAUGUUCAUGAAAUAGAUGAUGAUGAUGAUGAUGUGAUUCAUGUAGAAACAAAAGAAAGUGGUUCUGAUAAUGAAGAUAUAGAAGAAACUAUUGAACUAAACGAUUCUGGUGCAGAAGAGAGUGAAGUAAUGAUAGUUAAUAAUCCCAAACAAUCUCCUAAACAGAAUGGGACCAGUACACAAAAUGAAACUGAUAUAAUAGAAUUGUUUACUCCGGAGAAAAAACCUCCAGAAGGUGAUAAUAUAACUCCUCGGAGAAGUUCAAGGAAUGUUAAUAGACAAAAAAGUUAUGUUGAAGAAGAUAAAGAAGAAGAGGAAGAUUCUAAGCGGGAGGUUGUUAACCAGUCUUCUGAGGAAUCAGAUAUUGAAGAAAUUUUACCAGAAGAUCCACUUGCUAAUAUAGGGGACGCCAUACAAAUUGAACGAAUACCUUCUAAAAAGAAAGUUGUAUCCAGCAUUUCGGAUUCAUCUGCUAUUGUUGUUAAGGAUACAAAAAGAUUGGUAGAAAUAGCAUCGAAAUCUACUCCAACAACCUCUGGAAAAAAGGAACCAACUCUAGUAAUAAUUGAUACUAACUCCAUACUCUCUGGUAAAGGUCCUGUACCAAUAAAUAAAUCGUCUUUGAAUAUUCCAUCACAGACUGCAGGCUUCUCAUCAGUUUUACCCAUGGCUUUACCUGCCCAAGGAAUGUAUCCUCCCAAUAUGAGGGCAACUAUUACCCCCAUUCCAAUGGUUAAUCAAAAUCAAUCAAUUAUAAAACCAUCAAUCUCUCAAUCAAAUACACCAGUGCUGCCAACUCUCACUGAUGACAUGUUUGUUGUUGAAGCACCUUCAUUUAUUGUUCCAUAUGUGUAUGAGAAACCGCCUGUUCAAAAUCUGAAAGAAUUUUUAUCAGACUAUAAAAAGCAAUUAGAAAAAGAUGCUGCAAAGGAGAAGUCAGAUGAAAAAAAUGAAUCAGAAAAUAAAGAACAAGAUGAAUCUGAUGAGAAAGAAGUCUCUGAGAAGAAAGAAGUCUCCACAAAAAAAGAAGUCUCUGAGAAGAAAGAAGGUUCCGAGAAGAAAGAAGUAUCAAAGCAAGAAGAAAAGAAGAGUGAUGAUGACAAAUCAUAUAAUUACUUCACCAGUCCUUUAGGAAAUUUCUUCAAUGAUAUUGGGGUGGGUCUAGUACAAGAAUUCGUUCAAACAGAUCUGCUAAAGCAGCAAAAGAGGAAGAGAGAUAGAGAACGCUCCAGAAAUCCCGAGACAUUAAAAACAAUUCAAUCUCUAACUAAGAACCUGGAGUUUACCAAAGAAAAUAAUGAACCUUACAGGUUAUUGUUCAAGAAAUGUGAAUUCUGUUCCUUUAAAACAGAAUCAUUACUAGCUAUGUCUUACCAUUUGGAGACCCCCCAUGUUAAAAAUUAUAUCUAUAAAUGUAAUUUCUGUGUUCAUGAAACCAGAAGUCCUCAUGAUAUUCUCUAUCAUAUGGAAGCUGAACAUAUGGUAAGAGGUCGCCUUGAAAGAGCCUUAUCGUUCCAUCAAUGUCCUAACUGUCCAUUUGAGGAAAAUCAGAAGGGUAAAUUAUCCAGGCAUUUAAUGGCAUGCUCAAGGAAGUAUAAACCAGACAGAAACUUGGAACCUCCUCUAGAUUGGGAGCCUCCAGCAAAAAUUCCUAGAGUACCAAAAAUGCGCCCAGGUAUGAGUGUGUCGGCGUACCAAGCUCUAUCGAAAAAUAGUCCUCAACAGCAGCAACAAUUCCAGUUGCUCAAUAAAAUGCAGCUACAGACUAACAAUCAGAUGAGCAGAGGUCGUGGAAGGGGUAACAUGUCUCAAAUGAAAGGAGCUCAGCUUAUUAGGCAAGGCAACAUUCCUGGUAUGGUUUACAAACCUACAAUGACAGGAGGAUCAGUAUUGGUACCUACAUCUUACCAGCUGAGUGGAAAUCAGGUCUUCACAGUGGUGGGCGGGCAAGACUUGAACGGACGCCUUGGCCCCACCAGUCACAUGCUCCUUCCUACCACCUCAGGCUUGUCGCAGCAGCAGCAAUCACCUAAAGCAAAGACAGUAAAUACUCCAAGUAUUUCUAUUACUCCCCUUCCAAGAACAACUGCACCCAGCCCUCGUGCAUCGACUUCAUCAGGAUCAUCCAAUUCACCAGCCUCCCAGCAAGCUAAACCUGGUGAUACAAAUUCAAAGAAUUCCUUUGUUAUAUGUGAAAUAUGCGAUGGCUAUAUAAAGGAUCUUGAACAACUCAGGAACCAUAUGCAUUGGAUACAUAAGGUCAAGAUUCAUCCUAAAAUGAUUUAUAACAGACCACCUUUGAACUGCCAGAAGUGCCAAUUUAGGUUUUUCACUGAUCAGGGCUUAGAGCGGCAUCUCUUAGGUUCGCAUGGUCUUGUUACUUCCAGCAUGCAAGAAGCGGCUAAUAGGAGUAAAGAUGCAGGAAGAUGUCCUGUUUGUGGAAGGGUAUAUCAGUGGAAACUCUUGAAUCACGUGGCUCGUGAUCAUAAUAUGACAUUGAAGCCUGCCCACUUGUCUUAUAAAUGUACUGUUUGUACAGCAACAUUUGGAAUGUAUAAGCAAUUCGAGAAUCAUGUAUAUUCUGCACAUAGCGUUGUCGCUAAACGUGUGAUGGACAAAAAAGGGUCAACAAGUAAUAAAACUGGUAAUAGUGAACAAGCUUUAAAACCCCUUAAGAUAAACGAUGAGAUAACAAUCAUACCCCAACCUGCGAAAGCUGUGUCAGUAAAAGAAGAGACUGGUUCUAAUAAAAAAACCUGAAUUUUGAGCAGUCUUUGAGAUAAACAUUCUAGAAGCCUUAUUUGAUAACCAGAACUUAAUGGAAGACAUAUGGCAUGGAUUUGUCGUAUGCCAAAACUUGAAGAAGUGCAUUAGUAAGCACUGCCAAAUGAACAUUUUAUUGUGACAUUCUCUAAGAUUUGUUACAGUGAAACAGUGACUCUUAUUGUUAUACGAAAAAUCCAUUAUUUUUAUGGAAAAUAUGCUUCUUUAUAGUUAUUGAUGAUACAGUGUGUUGAACAUGUUUAAUCUGAUGAAUUACAUUAGUACUAUUUAUUUAUGUGAAAAACACAUGAUUUCAUAAGGUAUAGGUAGAAAAUUUCAAAAUAAACUUGCACUUGUAAAAAAUAAAAAUAGAUUAUAUUAUACA